AUGUUAACAAGCAAACAGGCACCGUCUCCUUUCGACUUUAAAACAAUUUUGUCGGCAAAAGAUGUUCAAUCAAUUGCAGAACAAAUGUUAAAAGAAAAAAAAAUAGUUAUUUUAGAUUAUUCAAUUCGGCCUUACUGUGAAGAACAAAUCGGAUUUUUGGCUUCUCAUAAACGUCUAGAGAUUAAAAUAAGAAAUUUUAAUGAAACUAUUACUAAUCUUAGUUUCUUCGUUAAAAUUAUUCCUUAUGAUCAACCAGAUCAAGCUUCUUACAUAAAAGAUUGUCAAAUUUUCUAUCAAGAAACCGGAUUCUUUAAAAAGCUUGUACCCCAAAUGACUGAAAAAUACUUUGGGGAUGUUUGGGGUCCUCAAUGUUACUUGGCAAAGGAUGAUGUUCUAGUGUUGGAAGAUUUGAGCAGUCUCGGAUUCAGUAUGCGCCCAAAAGUUUUAAAUGAAGAGCUUUUAAAAUCUGGUUUGAAAGCUCUAGCUAAUCUUCAUGCAGCUUCUUUGGUUCUUGAAAAACAUCUUGGACAACCACUGAAUCAAAUUUAUCCUGACGUUUUUGCACAGAAUUACUUUGCUACUACUGGAAAUCAAUACUGUUGGUAUCGUGCAGGCGUAGAUGUGGCUAUUAAAGUAGCAGAAAUCAUGGGUUUGAGUACAAAUUUUAUUUCUUCAAUAUGUGAUCAAGUCUACGAAGCUAUCAAACCAUCAAAAACUAAACAGAAUGUCAUUAGUCAUGGUGAUUUAUGGUCCAAUAAUCUACUAUUUGAUAACAGUUCACCACCAAACUGUCGUCUUGUUGAUUUUCAACUUCUCAGGUAUGCACCUUUUGGUCAUGAUAUUGCACAGUUUUUAUACCUUUGCUCUUCAAGACAAAUACGUGACACUAAAGGACUAGAGUUAAUUAAGUACUAUCAUAAUGAAUUGAAAAAUUGUUUGAACUUUAACUUGAAUGUUAAAAUUACUAUACCUUCUUGGAAUGAACUUCUUCAAAGUUACGAAGAACAAAAAGUGGGAGCUGUUGUAACAGCAGUACUUUAUUUUCCCACUGUUCUUCUUGAUGGCAAACUUGGUGCCCAAAUUAUGAAUACUCCUGAGCUAUAUGUAAAUUAUAGAUAUAAAGAUAGAAGAGAUAUUGUUUUAGAGAAUAUGGAAAAAGAUUCGCUUUAUAAUUUACGAAUGAGAGAAAUCAUUGAAGAAUUAGUAGAGCUUUCAUUAAAGCUUGACUCACUUCCUCGACCGUCAUAAUAUUUCUUAAAUGAAGAAGAUAUAAUUAUAAGAAAAGUUUUAAUAAUAAACAUAAAAAAUCUUAUAUUAACAAACGAUUAUUGUAAUGUCUCUAAUUUAAUUAAUUUAACUCAUUAAAUAAAUCAGAAUUUAAGAUAAUAAAAAUGUUUAAUGUUUUACUUCAAUUGAGACACUUUGGGAUAGUUGUUGUUAUACAUUUGGGAUUCGUCAUCUUCCUAAGUUCUACGAAUCUCAUUCUUUAGAAUUGCUAUGAAUAGAUACGUAUUUUUAUUUUCAUCGUCAUUGUUGUCUCCAGAAAUGUGUAUUGCAUCAGUUUAAAUAUAUAUAUAAAUCUUAUUGUCUUCUAUUUAUAAUGUUGUUCAGCAUACUCAUUGAAAAAAUUAAUAAUCCGACAAGCAAGAACAUUAUGUUAUUGGUAAUCCUGGCACAGAUUGAUUGCAAAUUAUUUUACGAAGGCUUUUCAAUUUUAUUAAAAAUUCAUUUUCUCAAUAAACGUGUUCUUUGUUUUAAUUUAAAAAGAAUAUCGAUUGUUUUCUUAAUCGUAAACGAGUACGUCUAAUUUUUUGGG